GGUCCGACUAAUCAACCGCAGCAAUGGCGUCCGAGAAGACCAGCAACCCCAUGCGGGAGCUCAAGAUUCAGAAGCUCGUUCUGAACAUCUCCGUCGGCGAGUCUGGUGACAGACUUACCCGUGCCGCCAAGGUGCUCGAGCAGCUUUCUGGUCAGACCCCCGUCUACAGCAAGGCCCGCUACACCGUCCGUACCUUCGGUAUCCGACGUAACGAAAAGAUUGCUGUCCACGUCACCGUCCGAGGCCCCAAGGCCGAGGAGAUUCUCGAGCGUGGCCUCAAGGUCAAGGAGUACGAGCUCCGCAAGCGCAACUUCUCCGAGACCGGCAACUUCGGCUUCGGUAUCAGCGAGCACAUCGAUCUUGGUAUCAAGUACGACCCCUCGAUCGGUAUCUACGGCAUGGACUUCUACUGCUGCAUGACCCGACCUGGUGAGCGCGUCACCCGCCGACGACGCACCAAGAGCCGCAUCGGUGCCGGCCACCGCAUCAAGCGCGACGAGACCGUCAAGUGGUUCAAGUCUCGCUUCGACGGUAUUGUCCGAUAAAUGGAUUGAAUGGUUUAUUUGUCUUUAACGGAAUGGUCACGGCGAAUAUUGAGGGGGAAAAUCACAUGGGGCAUGUAUUUUGUUGCCUUUUGCUGCUGCAUCAGCUCGACCGAAUUCAGUCGAGCCACGGCCUGAGAGACCGACCGGCACUCUGCCGGCUUUCCGAUAUUCACUCUGAAUGUGACAUAUGCCAUCAUUCUUGCCA